CGAUCAACACCGUCAAAGCAAGCGGUCUCGCAGCCCAGGCUGGUUUCACUUGAGGUCAGCCGACAGGCUUCCCUCCAUCGCGCUUGCUUCACUCCCGCGGGUAUCCCAACCAUGAUGGACGCCUCGCCUCACCUCGCGCCCUGCGGUGCCGGCGGCCACCAGUCGAGAGUCCGUUUGCUUCAAUCGGAGGUCGCGGCCAGCCUUCGCGGCGCGGCGAGCAAGCUCGGCGAUGCGUGGCGCGACGCGCGCCGUGGCGUGCGGAACGGGGCGGAGGGGGACGCGGGCAGGGCGUGGCUGGACAGCGGCGACAGCGGCAGCAGGCUCGCGAUGAGCGCCCAGCGGAUAGAGGCGAUCAGCCCCUCGCUAGAGUCGCGCGAAUCGAAUCCUGGCGAGGCGCUCUUAGCGGGCUUCGUGGGCGGCGUUGCGCGGACGGGCGGCGCGAUCCUCGAGCGCCUUCAAGCGCACGCCGGCCAAUUGCUCCCCGCCCUCCCCUCCCCCUCCCCCACUUCCCCUCUCACCCGCUCGCCGCUGCCCCUCGCGUCGCUCUCCCUCCCCCUCGCCCCGGCCCCGCGCGACGCCUCCCCCGCUCCGCCCUCCCCGCAGCAGUGGCGCCCGCCGCACCUCCGCGGCAUGGCUCACAGACGGCGAGGCGCGCCCCUCGGCGGCGGGGAAGGCGCACAGCUGGUGGACAGCCGCGGAGGCGGAGCGGGGGGAGCGGGGGGAGGGGGGAAGGUGGAGGAGGAGCGCGUGCUGAUCAGCGAGAUCGUGAUUCGCGACAAGGAGGGCGGCGAGGUGGACGACGAGGAGUUGGUGAGGGUGAUCGCGGGCGCGCUGAAGCUGUCAAAGCCCAACGCCGCGCUGACGACGCGCGAGGUGCAGGAGGACGUGCACCGCAUCAUCGCCACCGGGUACUUCGCCUCCUGCAUGCCCACCGCCCAAGACACCAGGGAUGGUGUUCGACUCAUCUUCCGGGUGGAGGCGAAUCAGGAGAUGAAGGGGCUCAUGUGCGUGGGAGCCAAUGUGCUGCCGACACGUGUCAUUGAGGACGCCUUCAGGGACGAGUACGGCAAGGUGGUGAACAUCCAGCGCCUCAACGGCGUGCUGGACGUGCUCAACGGCUGGUACAGCGACCGCGGCCUCUUCGGCCAGGUGACGGACGUGGAGCUACUGUCGGACGGGGUGGUGCGGGUGAAGGUGGCGGAGGCGGAGGUCAACAACAUCACCAUCAAGUUCCGCGACAGGAAGACAGGCGAGCCCACGACCGGCAAGACGCGGCCAGAGACCAUCUUGAGGCAACUCAUGACCAAGAAGGGGCAGGUGUACAGCCUGCAGCAGGGGCGGCGCGACGUGGAGACGGUGUUCACGAUGGGCAUCAUGGAGGACGUCAACCUCAUCCCGCACCCCGCGCCGGGAGACACGGGCAUGGUGGAUCUCACCAUGAACGUGGUCGAGCGCCCCCCAGGCGGCUUCUCUGCUGGUGGCGGGCUGUCGGGCAGCAGUCUGUCCGGAGGAGCUCUCUCUGGCCUCAUUGGAAGCUUCACGUACUCGCACCGCAACGUGCGCGGGCGCAACCAGAAGCUGAACGUGGCGGUGGAGCGCGGGCAGCUGGACUCCAUCUUCCGUGCCUCCUACUCCAACCCCUGGAUCGAAGGCGAUGACAAACGCACCAGCCGCGCCAUCAACAUCCAGAACUCCCGAAGUCCCGACAUGAUGGUGCACGGGGUGCGGCGGGACGGCAGUUCGGGCAGCCCGUGGCACGGUGGGGUGACGAUAGCGCGCGUGGUGGCGUCGGUGGACUACAGCCGCCCCGUGCGCCCGCGGUGGACCGCCACAGCUGGACUCAACUUCCAGAGGGCGGGGGCGAGGGACGACCACGGCCAUCCCAAGCUCGUUGAUGCCUACGGCAGCCCGCUCACCUUCAGUGGGCGGGCAUCGGAUGACAUGCUGAUAGCGAAGCUGGAGACCGUCUACACCGAUUCGGGGGACAACGCCUCCUCGCAGGUGGUGGCGAGCACGGAGCAGGCCAUCCCCAUCGCACCCGACUGGCUCUUCUUCAACCGCAUCAACGCGCGCGCCAGGAAUGGCUUUAGGCUCGGCCACGCGCGCCUCAUUGGCAGUUUCUCAGGUGGCACGGUGGUGGGGGACUUGGCGCCGCACGAGGCGUUCCCCAUCGGCGGCACCAACAGCGUGCGCGGCUACGACGAGGGCGCCGUGGGGUCGGGCCGCUCCUACAUCGUCACCAGCGCUGAGAUCUCCUUCCCCCUGUUCGGGCCACUGGAGGGGGCCUUCUUCGCUGACUAUGGCUCGGACCUUGGCUCGGGGGCAACCGUGCUAGGUGACCCCGCGGGGGCGCGAGGCAAGCCAGGGAGGGGCUUUGGGCUCGGAGCGGGGGUGAGGGUUGAUUCUCCGCUGGGCCCCCUGCGCCUGGAGUACGCCUUCAACGACCAGAAGAUCCCGCGGUUCCAUUUUGGCAUCGGAUAUCGCAAUUAAAGCAUAGCAGCUAUUUACUACCUGGAUUUUUCUUUCUCUUUCGAGUCUAGGUGUGCUCUCUAGGCGUGAGUGAAGAUAUAGCUCGUAAAAGAAGUGCAUCACCCUGUUAGAAUACUAGAAUAUAUGAAACAAGGGAGGACAAGAGAGAUAUAGUGUUGGGGUUGUACCCACUAAGAACAUACACCUAUCUAGCCUACAACAUUAUGUAUAUAAGUUGACACACCCCCUAGGCUAGAUAAGGGGUAGUGCUGAGCAAGAAACACGCAACUCAUGG